UUGAAAUGCUUCAUAUCGCAUAAUAUAGUCGGACAGCUCACGGCACGCAAUGUUUUGUAGCGCUUUUUAAAAUAUACCUUUGAAACAAAAGCAGGUUAAUCCGUUCGGUGCUGUCGGAUUUGUGCACAGAGUCCAUCCCCGUUACAGUUCACUAGAGCUACAGCUAGCCCGUUAGUUAGCCUGACAGCUGGCUUUUUCUUGUGAUAGCUAUUAGGUCUCGACCGCUUCAUUGCACUUCAUAUUCAUGACACAAACUGUUAAGCUGUUUGCGGCAAUUUCCGGCUGGCUUUGCAUGCAACCUGUGCAAUUUUCCAGAUAUUCUGUACAUAUGACCGCCCCUCCUCAGGACUCUGACCAUACCAGAACCCUAUCCAUGACCCACACCUCCCUGGACACCUUCACUUCCUACUUUGGACGUGUGCGGCUGUUUCAUGUGAGGCUGAAGACACAACACAGCUCUGUUUCAAAGUGAAUUAAACUGCAACUGUGCUCGUAACCUCUCGCUGCGUACUGGAUUUGUCUUGAGUGCCAAAGACAUGAAGUGUCUCGGACAGGGAGAGCCCAGCCCGGAAAAGCAAUGUCAUUAUCCAGCGUCUUUGCACGUCUGAUGGGGCUGAGCAGUGGACCCACUGGCCAAACACAUCUGCGGAGAAGAGGAAGGAGGCAGGUUUCUAGGAAUGCUGUGCAUUGAUGGAUAGCCAUUUCCUCGUGUCAGCUCUUGCAGACCGAUACCUGCGCAUUCCUGUCCGUGUACACACUCAAGGUUGGACUUUAUAGUAGCUAAUAAAACCCAGCUGCCAUCUCAACCACACAAUCAUCGCUGUAACGCAGAAAAGGAGAACAAUAUGAUGUGCACAGUAUGGAUUUCUUCUGCAAGCGAUAGCUUUGGUAAAUCAUACUUGUGACUGUGGACAUUUGAGUUCUCUCUGUACAUGAGGAGAAAAGCAUAGAUAUUUGCAGGCACUACUAAUGUGCACUACAGAAACCAUGGUGGUCCUUGCAUCAGCUCCUCAGCCCAUCUCAGUCCAUGACCACAGAAGCCUUUAGAGGCCAGGAUCAGGAACACGCUCGCCAGCCAACACGUAUAACUCAUAUGCAAUGGAAGAAGACAUUGAUGUUGCAUCCCACACUGAGGGCCUGAAUGGUUUGUCCCGUGAAUGUAAACCAUUAGAGGAUAUCACCAAUGGACACUCCAACCAUAAGCCUGUCAUGAACGGACUGAUAAUUAGUCACAGUGUCAAAGACCACACCAACGGCAAUGCAUCACUCAGAUCCCUGCCGAUUUCAGCACUGAAGCAGAACGGUCUCCUGCAGACCCUGGCAGCCGGAGAGGACCAGCCUAAACCUGCAGAGGAAAAUGUGGAGUUGGAAAAGGCCAGAGAAGAGUGGGAGGCUCUGGAGAACGUCCAACCAGCUAUCACUGAGGACUCAAACCCAACUCCGCUCAUCUCCUUCAAUGAAGCGCUGCAGUACUUCCAGACCACAGACCUCGGGGACUUGAUGAAGAACAUCCAGCCAACCGUACGCAGGACAGGUCUGGCAGCGAUCACACAUUUCCUCUUCGGACCUCCGCGGCUGCACAGGGAACUCCUGGAGGAGAGGGAUUUGGUCUUUGCCAUCGCACAGUGCCAUGUGGACAACAGCCAAGCGGUCCACAUGCGUGUCCUCCAGACCAUUUACAAGAGGCUGAUUGGCAGCAGGCUGGACUGUCCUCGCUUCGGGGCGCACUGGGAAAACAUCGGUUUUCAGGGUACAGACCCAGCCACCGACCUACGUGGCACUGGUUUCCUAGGACUGAUGCAUACGCUGUACUUUGUGAUGGACCCAGAGACUCUCCCGUUGGCUCGAGACAUCUACAAGUUAUCACAACACCCGACGCAGAACUUUCCAUUCAGUGUGAUGUCAAUCAACAUGACCCGCAUCGCUCUGCAAGUACUCAGAGAGGAAGCCAUGUCCAAGGAGUGCAAUCGUCGCCAGCAAGUGGUUGGUGUGCUGAAUGAGUUCUACGUUGCUACGUAUCUGCACCUGUACCAACUGUGGAAGACCCAACAGAAGACCAUAGUUGACUCUGGCUUUGUACUAAAAGAGGUGGAGUUGUUUGCCAAAAAGAACCCCAAGCAGAUGCUGCGCCGACUAGAGGUCUUCCUGAAAGAGAGGCGGGCAGGUGGAAUCCCCCGUGGGACGUCGCCAGACCCUCAGGCCCAACAGCCCUCUCCCGGCCUGGGGGCCAGAGCCGGGACGGGACAUGGAAGCAAGGGAAAGGAGAUGCACUUCACAGGAGUGUGUGAACUUCCGCCAGACAUGGAGGGAGAGGCCAGACUCAUCUAAGCUAGACUCUGUGUGUGUGUGUGUGUGUGUGUGUGUGUGUGUGUGAGUGUGAGAGAGAGAGAGAGAGAGAGAGAGAGAGCAAUCCUGUUUGUGAGUACAUCUAUCACGGUAUGUGUGAGUGGCUUACUCUCAGAGAGCUAAAACGCCACCAGUCACUGAUCUAGGACCUGCUAUCUGAACCUAUUCAAACACUUCCACUCCUUCCAUUGAUGCUGGGGUGCUGCACUUUGAUCAGAUAAAGCUUGGGGGGGGGGGGUCUUUCAGAUUUCGGUUUGAUUUUGUUUUAGUAAUGUUUAAUUUAUUUUUGUAAACGGAGAACACAGAACAGUCAAAUAUAAAGAGCUGAUGCAGGUCAGAAACACAAAGUGAUUGUUGCACUUUUAUGUGGAUUUAGUAGCCAAAUUAGAUAGCUGCCAAAUUCUCGGUUAAACUCUACCUUCCUAGAAGUCCAAAACGCAGAAACGUAUGUCCCGAGGAUCUCUCAAUCAGGGUCUGUUAACACGGCAGAGUGGGGGAGCGUGACGUCCCCUCUCGCUCCAACAUUACAGCUCCAUCACACGAGCAGCCUAACGGCUCAUAAUGCAUAUUGUUAAACGCUCUGUUAACUUUAUGGCGAUAAGAGAGAACUGAACCACUUUCAAGCCCUUCUACGGAGCAAACAAGAAGCAAGUCUUCUCUCGGCGCGAGUGGAGAGCGGCAGAUGGGAAACCCAGGGAGGUUACCGAAUUCUUUGAGCAGGGAGACGACAUUGCCAGUAGAUGCUGUUUCUCAAAUAUCUCACACUGUAGACUUUGAAUGCAGCUUGCUUUGAAGGUGUGAUGACUUUUGCAUUCUCUAUUGGAGCGUGAAUGAAAUGUUGGUCAUGUGAAAGAGGUCCAGAUGUGUGGAGGCAUAGCCAGUUGUUGCUGUUGCACGUGGGUCUGAUAGACUUAGUCCAGAGCUCCCACUAACGGGGGGAAUAUAUUUUAAAUAAUUAAAAAAAACAAAAAACUAUUUUAGACCUUUCUGAAGGGACAGCUGUCAUAACUUCACAGUUGUCAUGAAGGCAGUUCAGAACGUUGUUAUUAAACUGAUGGCUGAGUGACCGCGAGAAGGGUUUUUAACUCUGUUAAACUCCACCAGGAUGUAAGAACAUCCUCUCAGUUCUUAACUUCUUGCGGUUAAAGCCAAGAAGACGUUUCAUAACAGAGUCCGUGUGCUCGGCUUGGUGCCGGCUACAGUGGAAGGUCUGGUAUGAGCUUUCUCUACAUUCCGUUAUAAAGCAUGUGAUUGUAAUUUUAUUUGACCAGUUGAAAAUGUAUUCCAGUGUGUGUGUGUGUGUGUGUGUGUGUGUGUGUGUAGGCUUGUGUGUGUGAAAUGAAAUGAAUGAGCUGAUAUUGAUGAAGGGUGCCUCUCCUAGGAGAUGUAUAGUACAGUAUGCAAUCCCAGCUCUCACUCAAUGAUAAUCAAAACGAUAGUGCUGUGUGACGAUAGAAUCGUUCCUAACUUCAGGGUUUGUGCGCUUGUGCAAGCGAGUGUGUGUGUGUGUGUGUGUGUGUGUUUGACAGGAACUGACUACAGAUGGGGUGCUUUCAUCUGCACACAAUAAGCCAGCUUUACUUGAUCCAUCAAGCUGCAAAGACGGUACUUUUGUCAUUUUAAAAAUGGUACAUAACAUUUGUGAGGACAAGAUUUAUCCCAAACAAAGAACACAUUCUUUGGUUUUAAAAAACAAAAACAAAUGUUGGUUCUGGACACAAGCUGCAGUCAGCGGCUCGGUGGCCUGGGAUGGAUAGAGCUCCUCAGCAAAGCUGGUUCCUGCUUUGUGCUAAUGUGAAACCGUCUCCCAUCAUCGUAGUCUCAAUCUGUAGCAUGUUCAGGUAGCACUAGUACUGUAGCAUCUUAUAGCCUCCUCCUCUUCGUAAAGCUUGUCGAUGUCAUGUCUCAGUUACAGUCCGUAGUGUCAAUUGGUGCGCAAACUGUUACUACUAUAGCACAUUUAUUUAGUAUUUGCAUUAAGCCUCCUUCGGUAGACACGCAUUUAGUUUGGCGCAGCGUAUGUGUUGGAGAGAUGUGGGAUAGGCUUGACACGUUAUUGAGCUCAACCUUGUCUUCUAAGAAGGUAACAGUUAAAGCGGUGCCUACAUCCAGUGGAGCCAUGUGGGGUAGAGCGCUGGUUUAUCCUUCUUUCCUUUCUUUCCUUCUUUCAUUUGAUCCACCGUGCCACAGUAGACUUCCUCCAUUCAUGUAACGCAGUAAACAAGAGUUGAUGUGACCCCCUAAAACAUGCAGGCCUAAUGGAGAUAGAUAUAUACAUACAUACAUACAUGCAUACAUACACACACACAUACAUACAUACAUACAUACACACACACAUAAAAUACACACGCAUGUACACUUUCCACGUCAACAUCUACUCGGAUAGUUGUACUUUGUCAUCUCCAUCCUCAACCAUAUAACUUAAAAAAUGAGCUGAUGUAGUUUAGCCACUUGUUUGCGAGUGUUUUGAUCGAACAGGACAAUUUGCACUGUUGUAGAUAUUUGAUAGUAUGUGUGACGUAUGCAAGAGGAAACAGGCCAUCUUCAAUAGCCAUAAUGUUCAUCAUCGCCCACCUCAUGAAACAGGCUUCAUGAAGUCCGACUCCCCUCCUCCCUCUAAGAAAAAUUGCACCAUGGACAUGAUCUCGCAUUUAGUUUUAUUCAAUUUUAAACUGAGGAGCAGUACAGUGUAUGUAAAUCAGGAAGUUUGUAUAUAGAGAAUUAAUGAUUGUAACUGUAUGAUUGUCUGUAGGGCAUUAUACUGAAACACAUUGCUUACCUCAAGACUUGAGACAAAUCUCUCCUUUCUCUCUCCUGAUAUCAGUCAGACUCUCUCUUUUCGUUUCCUUGUACCUAGGCCUUCUCUCAUACCAAUUGGACAUGUUGUAUAAUGUGUAUUCAACACCUGAAGUACUACGUGAUAGCAAACUAACACAAAAGCUGGUCAAUGUUAUGUGUAUUCUAUUUAAAGACACAUUUAUAGACUAUAUAGGCCCACACACAUCUGCAGAUGAUGAAAUCCUUUUUAAGACGAUCUUUAAUUGGCUGAUGUUUACCAUGUUUGAAAUAAGCUGGUUCUCUUGUGGCUUCAGUGGUGGUACAGUAUACUUUUGCUGUGUUUUAAGUGUUUGAUGUCCGGGAAACACUCGGAAACAAUCCGGUCUUUACAGCUACAGUCACAAACAAACAGUUCAGUAUAUGAUUGUGAAGAUAUAGACUUGAUAAGAGGUCAUAAUACGUCGUAUGCUUUGAAGUUGGUAUAUAUUCAGUAUCCAAACUAGACUUAAUUUAUCCUCUCAUAUUACCAAAAGUCAUAUUUUCAGCAGUUGUAAUAGAUCAUAUUCUUAUGCGUUGAUCAUCAUUUGGAAUCUCUUCAGUUGUGACACCAGAACCAAGAGAAGAAGAAAGAAAAAAACAAAAAAAAACGGGUUCUUGCAGGAUGUCGGAUGCUCUGAGAGGUGUGGUGUGAAGUUCUGCUUCAAGUACAAUCUCUUCUCUCAAUAUCCUGCGCUUUAUAUGAAGGUGUUUUCCUGUUGCCGUCGUCGUCAUGUCCCUCAGAGCAUUUUAUGACUGUACCUUGAUUGUAGAAGCCCUAUUUUAUACUGAGAGUUAUUUCAGAAUACAGUAUGUGCUGUUGUACAUUAAAUGUAUUGUAUGGAGAAAGCUAAAUAAAUGCUGUUUAAAAACGAA